CAUCUUUCAGCGAACGCAAGGCCCGGAGGAAGCAGGAACGGGCUGCGGCGAACAAAACGAACUCCGAUUUCGAUUGGACGAAUUUUGAUGACUGGUAUCUGCUGCUAGACGAGGAUCUUUUCUUCGAGGGCUCCGUGCCGCAGUUUGGGCGCAAUUUUGAUGCCUGGAGCGGGUCUCAACGAACUGGAAACGCGACGUCCUCCAACCAAACGGGGAAAGACGCACAACCGGGACGACGCGACGACCCAAAGCGUGGUGACGCAGGAAGCCGGACUGCAGGAGACCGUGGCGAAGACGAGGCACAUCGCGGUGGACAGCAACAGCCGGAUCAUGGUUACGAAGAGGACUACGACGAGGACUGGGCAAGGGAGCAGCAGCAACGGCAAGAAGAGGAAGCUAAGCACUGGCGCAACCAAUACACGGACGACGAGU